UUCUUUCCCUCCUUCAAGCAUACCCGCUUUCAUUAAUUAUUGCGCCCGGGAUAGCUGGCCAUCCCUGCUGUGUCGAUAUCCUCGGAGGACUGGCUGCCUAGACUAUACACUCUCUUCCAUCCAUCCGCCGCAUUUGAGCAGGCAGCACAAUGGAGUUUUCUGGAUGGCCGAUGUCCCACGCCAUGAUGCAGCAUCAACCGCAGCAAUUCACGCCGCAAGGUGCGCUGGGACACGUGCUGGCCGCUGUUCCAGAGGAGGAAUUCUCACUACGAGAGUUGGAUCCGAGGAAAGGCAGCUUACGAGUGGAUGAGUGCGACGAAGAGGCCGAUUACGACGUUAUGCGCCCAGCGAAGCGACCGCGAACGAACUUUGAGUGCCAAGAUUGUGGCACAUCAUACACAGAGAAACGAGCACUGGCACGCCAUCGACAUACUGAUCAGCAUCGCAAGAAGCUUGGUCUGCCAUUAAAUAAGAAGCAUGCCUGCAGCGUGUGCGGCAAGCUCUUCGGGCGAGGACACGACAUGAAACGACAUCUCAACGAACAGCACCCGGAGUCCGCAGAGCAAAAGAGUCCACCCAGUGUGAACGGCGGAGAGCAUGCGUCGAGCAGCUCUGAAAAUGGCAGCGAAAAAGCCAUGUCCCUCGACGGCUCGGCAAGAUCGUCGUCCAUGAGAUCUUGCCGGACGGCUCUCACAACACCGAGCUUGGGCACCAAUUCACGGAGUGGCUCCAGUUCUUCACUGCCCACAUCCUUGAAGGACGACACGACACCACCAGCGCAGUUCCGUUUUGCGGACAACUACGACAUGUAUCGCAGCGGUGCCGUUCGCCGUGUGCGAACAAUGGAGAACUUGACAUCGCGAGCGAACUUCUCUCCCGUGCCGUCCAUUCGCGCAGAAGACAUCAAGGAGCCCGAGGUUCAAGAGCCUUCUACCGUUGCUCCGAUGGCGCUCGAUACUCCACUUCUUCGUCCGAGCUGCUCCAUGGGCGACAUGGCGCCGCGAAGCGAAGGAGCUUCAUCACGAUUGUCCGAUUACAGCAUCGAGAACAGCGUCAGGUGUAUGCCUGCAGAAGACAGCCUUCCCGACAUGGUGCCAUUCCUACCGCCAUCUUCGACGUCGAAAUUCCAAUCUUCCGCUUUCGAAGGUCGCACUUCGAUGCACUCCAAGGUCGACUCAUGGCAGCACAAGACUUGCAUGAUGUGCGGGAUCGCUUUCGAGGACGACCCGGAAGAGCUCCUUCAACACCUUCGCCGGCAUCUGGACAUCUUUCGCGGCGAAUACCGCUGCGAAGAAUGCAACAUCGGCUUUAUCCACGAAGAAGACUUGCUUCACCACCAGGACGCUUCAGCACGAGGCCACUGCGGCUUCAACUUCCAACACAGCGAGCCAUGCACUGGACAUCAUCCAUACUCCACGCUCGCCUGGACCAGCACCCUCCCCGACUCCGACUGCUUCCGUCUCUGCACCAAACUCCGACACUGGGAACAAUCCCAACUCCAAGCCUACCUCGCCGAAAUCAACGACCUCAUCGCAUCUCGCAAAUCUCGCCAAAUCGACCGCUGGUCCGUAGGAGCCCUCAUGCGCGGCUCCCGCAACUCCUUCCGCUCCCUCGCCAUCAGCGUCAACACCUACGCCUCCGCACCCUGCGACGUGGCCACGGACUCCAAACGCUACGACAUCGGCGGCCUGCAAGCCCGGCUCCGCCAAAUGUCCCUCAAAAACGCCUCCACCUCGAUGAAAAACAUCAUCCGCAAACAACGCUCCUCAUCCUCCCUCAAAUCCGACGUGGGCGACCACCACUCACCCGCCGUCACCACCUCCUCCGUAACGAUGGACAAACCCCUCUACCGCGCCAUCCUCCGCAACGACCUCCCCCGCGCGGCCAAAAUCCUCGAAACCACCGACUCCUCCCAACACACCGCCGUCCAAAACGCCCCGGGCACCCUCACCGCUUCCGCCCUUUGGGGCCGCACCUACGUCAACCGCUACAUGACCGACCACACGCUCAUCAAGGACUCCGCAGGCCGCUGCGAAGUCUGCGGCGUGCACGGCACCAUUCCAGAAAGAGGCAGCACAAAAGUCAAACUCCUCCUCCGCCAUGGCGCGGACCCCAGCGAGCCGGGUGGGUUGUGUGGCUUCCCGCUCAACACAGCCGCGUGGAUGGGCAAACCCGAGAUCGUCAAGUCGCUCCUCCGCCGCGGCGCGAGGGUCGACUCGCUCGGCAAUGGACCGGGGACACCGCUCUGCACCGCCGCUGCACAGGGAGAUAUCGCCGGUUGUCUGGCAGUCGUCAAGUUGCUCCUCGCCUACCGCGCGGACGUCCACACCGUCGGACCGGAAGGCCGCGCGCUGGAAGUCGCACUCAAGAGACGGGAGAUGUUGCAGGAGAAGAGCCGAGGCGACCACUCCCCGCGAGAGGAUCUGUCGGCGAGAUUCGCGUGUGUGGACGAGGUGAUUCGCAUCUUGGAGCAAGCGGAGGCGCAGAAGCCGCCGCCGCUUGUGAGCACAUUGUACUGUCGGGAUGCGCAUAUGAGGGAUGCGUCGCCGGGAUCCGGGACGGGAGUGGUGUUGCAUAAGAGUUGGGGACUGGGUGCUGGAUUUUCUUGA